UCUGUCAAAGAAAAAAAAAAUUUCUUGUUUAGACUUUUAGCUUCACAUACUAUGGAGUUUCAUCUCUUUCACAUCAUUACUUUUCUCAUGUUUGUGGUAGUGGGAACAAAUGCUACAAUAUUACCACCACAACUUUAUUGGAAGUCCAUCCUUCCCAACACUCCAAUGCCAAAAGCCAUCACUAAUUUCCUACACUCUGCUGGAUAUUGGAGUGGUUGGGUGGAUCCAAGCAAGUGUAUUAAUUUACUUAAUUACAAGCAUGCUGCAAGUGAGACUCAAUUACAUGAUAAGUCAAAUGUAGCAAUCUUCUUCUUGGAAAAUGCUUUGCAUUAUGGUAAAAAAUUGAACAUGCAAUUCACAAAAACAACUUCAAAUAAUAAUGGAUCAAAAUUCUUGCCUAAAGAGGUUGCUGAUUCAAUACCUUUUUCAUCAAACAAAAUGGAAAACAUCCUUCAUAAAUUCUCCAUCAAGAAAGGAUCAAAGGAAUCUGAAAUUGUGAAAAACACAAUCAAUGAAUGUGAAGAAAAGGGUAUUAAAGGAGAGGAAAAGCUUUGUGUUACAUCAUUAGAAUCAAUGGUUGAUUUUGCUACUUCGAAACUCGGAAAUAAUGUUGAAGCUAUUUCAACAGAAGUGGAAAAAGAAAGUAGUGAGUUGCAAAAAUAUGUAAUAGCAAAAGGAGUUAAGAAAUUGGGAGACAAUAACAAAGUUGUAGUGUGUCACAAAGAGAAUUAUCCUUAUGCAGUUUUUUACUGUCAUAAAAUGGAUACAACUAAAUUUUACUCUGUGCCUUUGGAAGGUGUUGAUGGAAACAGAGUUAAAGCUGUUGCUGUUUGUCACACUGAUACUUCAAAAUGGAAUCCUAAACAUAUUGCUCUUCAAGUGCUUAAAGUUGAACCUGGAACUGUUCCAGUUUGUCACUUCCUCUCACAGGAUGAUGUUGUUUGGUUUUCCAAGUGAUUGAAAUUGUGCCUAUAUAAAGUUGUGUGCUUGAAUAAUAACUACUACAUAUUUAGCAGCUACUAUGAAGGUUAAUUUUAAAUCCUGUAAAAAAAAAAUGAAGU